GUGGAAGAUACUUGCUUGUAGAGAUAUAAUGAAAACAAAAACAGUUUCUCUUAUCAAAGUUGGUUGUAAUUAACAAGGCAGUUAAGAGUAGUCAUUUUCACAAAAAAAAUAUACGUUUGCAUAUUAGCAUCUGUUGCUAAGGAAGUGGAGAGCGAAGCACUGUCAAAACUGCACGCAGUCCUGGCUUAUCGCUGUCAGUCUGUCAGAGAGGUGAAGGUGUGGCUGUGAGCUCCUCUUCCCCGUCUGCUCUCGCUAUGGCUCGUGUUGAAACUUCAGCCAACAGGCCGUACCACCUGGUCAUCUUCGGAGCCUCCGGCUUCACGGGACAGUUUGUGGUGGAGGAGGUAGCCCGGACUGUGUCCGAGGGUCCAGGAGGGAACCUGAAAUGGGCCGUAGCAGGCAGGAGCAAACAGAAACUGGAAAAAGUUCUGGAGCAGGCCGCUGGAGUCCUCAAUAAACCAGAGCUGAGGACAGAGGUGGAUGUCAUUGUGGCAGAUGUAGGAGAACCAGACUCUCUUGCAGCCAUGUGCAAACAGGCUGUGAUUGUCCUCAACUGUGUGGGGCCUUACAGGUUCUACGGUGAGCCAGUGGUGAAAGCCUGUGUGGAAAAUGGAGCACACCAUAUUGACAUCUGUGGAGAGCCUCAGUUUCUAGAGGGCAUGCAGCUGAACUAUGACAGCCAGGCUGCAGAAAACGGCGUCUACGUCAUUGGGAGCUGUGGAUUUGACUCCAUACCUGCAGACAUGGGAGUCGUCUUCACCAGAGAUCAGUUCAGGGGUACGCUGACUGCCGUGGAGAGCUUUCUAACUGUCAGCUCAGGACCUGAUGGCGGAUGUAUCCAUGACGGCACAUGGCAGUCAGCCAUCUAUGGGUUUGCCGACAGUUAUAAGCUGCGGAGUCUCAGGAGGCAGUUUAACCACAAACCUAUCCCUACCGUUGGUGCCAAGCUCAAGCGCAGGGGGAUGCUGUUCUACAGUGAUGAGAUCCAGCAGUACACUGUGCCCUUCAUGGGCUCUGACCCUUCUGUUGUGAAAAGGACACAGCGCUUCCUGGUGGAGGAGCAUCAGGCCACACCGGUUCAGUACGGGGCGUAUGCAGGAAUCGGAGGUGUUUGGAACAUUUUCAAGCUGAUGUUUGCCGGCAUGAUGUUCUGGUUCUUGGUCAAGUUCAGUUUUGGACGCAACCUGCUCAUCAAGUAUCCUGAGUUCUUUACCUUCGGACUCUUCUCAAAGGCCGGACCAAGCAGGAAGCAGAUGGAAGCUUCAUCAUUCCAGUUUGCUCUCUAUGGAGAGGGCUACACAGAGGGACAGGACCCCUCCCAGGGGAAACCUAACAACAAGAUCCGCACACUGGUUCAGGGACCAGAGUGUGGAUAUGUGGCCACGCCCAUUGCUAUGGUACAAGCUGCUCUAACCAUUCUCAAUGAACCUGCAGCUUUACCCAAGAAGGGAGGAGUUUACACUCCAGGAGCUGCUUUUGCAAAAACCACACUGAUCGACCGCCUGAACAAACACGGCAUCCAGUUUUCUGUCAUCUAGAGUUCAUCCCCUCCCUGAUGCAUUACUGCAGGUUUCUUUCAGCAUGUCGUAAUAUGCAAAAUAACAACAGGCAAUUUUCCAACUGAAAAAAGAGCUGGUUCAUUGAAGUAUUUGUCUGUUGUUCUGACGUUCUUUUUUCAUUUGGACAGAAUCUUGCCAGGCUUGAAUGUACUGUUGAUACUCUGCUUGUACGAUAGAAAGCACAACCAGCAUAGGAUCGUAAAACAGCACUUAAACUCUCCAAUAACAUGAUCCUUGGUUAUAAAAUAAGUCAAAGUCAGUGUUUGGGUCAUUUCUCUUUAUAUGGGCAUUGAAGUUUUUAGGUUACAUUUUCAUUCAUAUCUAAAAAAAUUUGGUUGGACAGUCUCAUACAAUCCUGAUGAAAGACGCAACACACAGAUGAACCUUUUUAUUUGAGAUUACAUCUUCAAGUGGCAAAUCGUCAACUGAAGAAUCUGUCUGACCUGACUGUGUUCUGACCUUCAUAAUAACAUUUGCCUUGUAUGGAGGAGGUGAUCGGGACAUCAGAUGAAUUUAAAGACACAGCACAGUAGGCAGAGGUUUCACAGUUUUGAAUUCUUGUUUCAGAAGAAUUAAAAAUGUGUUAUUUGUUAAAAAAACAAAAUGUUCAGGCCAAAGAAGGCAUAAACAAACUGGACCCCUGUAACUUUUAAAGAAGAGUAAACAAUCUUUAAAGUGCUAGCCCGGUAAUAGAAAGCAGCUUUAUUCACAAGAACAUAACUCAACACUACUCUCUUGUUGUAGCUGCACAUUUGUGUGCUUCUGUGUACAUACAUGUUAGCUUGUCCUGUCCUGUUAACUGAAACCUGUUUUUGGCAGUUAAUUGUCAGACUGUUUCCUCAAGCUUUAUAUUUUGUAGAUGAAGUUUCAGCUAGCUCUCUCUACCAAAUGUACAGCACACACAGGAAGUUGAUUGGAUUGUUGAAAACGGCAUGAGUCGUAGCAUGAAACUGAUCUGUGAACAACUGUGAUGUUUUCUUUAAAGCUGAAGAAGUGUUUACGUCUUCUGUCAACUGGAGUGAUUUCCCUCAUGAGUUGUUAAUCUGAGUCCUAAACUGUUUGAGUUCUGAGCGUCAUGAGGACAUGACCAGCUACAUUUGGGGUUUUGUUUUGUGCUUUGAUUUGCACCCAAUAAAUGAAGUAAACUAU